CGUCGUCUUCUGGCGGCCCUGGCCUCAGCGCCGCUAGUGCGCUUGCGCGGCGUCGUGGGCUGGGUUUCCCCCUCAGUCCGGACUUGGUACGGCCGGGCGGUUGGUGCGGUCGGCAGCUGCAGCCCGGGGCGCGCUUUUCAAAUUGUCCCCGACUUGCACGGAGAUGGAGGGGCGGCUGCUGAGGAGCCUCCCUGCACAGCAGGACUGCAGCAUCCGAGAGAAAAUAGACCUAGAAAUCCGCAUGCGAGAAGGAAUAUGGAAGCUGCUCUCCCUGAGUACAAAAAAAGACCAGGUUUUACGUGCAGUGAAGAACCUCAUGGUGUGCCAUGCUCGGAUAGAGGCGUACACGGCGGAGCUCCAGAAGUUAGAAGAGCAGAUUGCAAGUCAGACUGGAAGACGCAAUGUGAACUGUGAGAGCAAAGAACGAAGACCCUGCAGAGGGAGGCUCGCCCUCUCAGAUAUCCGAAUCCCACUCAUGUGGAAAGACUCUGAUCACUUCAGUAAUAAAGAAUGCACACAGCGCUACGCCAUCUUUUGUUUAUUCAGGAUGGGAGCCGAAGUGUUUGACACCGACAUGGUGAUCGUGGAUCAGACAGUCACAGAUAUAUGUUUUGACAACGUCACCAUAUUCCAUGAAGCGGGCCCGGACUUCCGGAUAAAGAUCGACGUGUACAGCUGUGGUGCGGAGGACUCCUCCAUAACCAACACCCCCAAAAAGCUGGCUAAAAAGUUGAAGACGUCUAUCAGUAAAGCUGCAGGAAGGAAGAUAAGUUCCAUGCUCCAGGAAGAGAACCAAGAGGCGUGCCUGCUCGCCAGCUCGGUCGCGGGUGCGAAGUACCAUCUGCUAGCUCAUGCCACCCUGACCUUGGAAAGUGUGGGAGACUGCUUCAAGACCCAUAAUCUAUCUGUUCACGGCAAUGAGGACUGUUCCUUUUGGCUCCCUUUGUAUGGCAACGUGUGCUGCCGGUUAGUGGCCCAGCCAGCUUGUAUGGCCGAAGAUGCAUUUGCGGGAUUCCUUAAUGAGCAGCAAACAGUAAAAGGUCUAGUUGGCUGGAGAAGGCUGUACUGUGCUCUGAGAGGGGGUAAACUCCACUGUUUUUACGGACCAGAAGAAAUUGAAGCUAAGGUGGAGCCCACUCUGGUGGUUUCCAUUGACAAGGAAACCACAGUUCAGGCCAUAGAGAAGGAGCCAAGGAAAAUGCAUCAUUUCUCUGUCGUCAACACUGUGGCUGGGCGAGCCGUGACUCACGUCUUUGCCGCGGACAGCCUAGAAGACCUUCAGGAGUGGAUGGGCGCCUUCCGGCAGCAUUUCUUUGAUCUCAGCCAAUGGAAGCAUUGUUGUGAAGAACUUAUGAAAAUUGAGAUUAUGUCGCCACGGAAACCACCUUUGUUCCUGACAAAGGAGGCGACCUCCGUGUACCACGAUAUGAGCAUCGAUUCACCUGUGAAACUUGAAAGUUUAACUGACAUAAUACAGAAAAAAAUUGGAGAGACGAACAGACAGUUCCUCAUUGGUCAGGAUGAAGAAUCCGCACCACCCCCGUGGGCCGCAGUCUUUGAUGGCAACCACGAAAUGGUCAUCCAGAAGAAAGUGGUGUCCCCCGCAGGCCACCCAGCCCCUGAGGGGAAAAGGAAAAAGAGGCGAGCACCACUUCCUCCUACUGACCAGCCUCCCUUCAGCAUAAAGACACAGGGCAGCACAGAUCAACCCAAGGACAGCAGGACCCAGGCCAGCAUCUCUGGAGCCUCGCCUUCAGAUCCCAGGCAGUUGCCACAAAUGCAUCCCUUCCAGAAACCAGUGGCUGCCCCUCGCAAACUUCCCCCUGCCAGGAAAAACAGUUCAGCUGAUGGUGAGCACGCAGACACAAAAACCAGUUUAGAAGACAAGCCAGUGCCGGCUCCAAGGCAGAGAUCCAUCAGAGACAUUCUGGACCCUCGAUCGUGGCUGCAGACACAAGUAUAGGCAGUCUGUACUGUCUAAAUCGAGCUGUAAAGCUCGGGUCAGAGGCAUUAUGCGAGUAAUGUUAUAAAAUUGUAUAGGUAAAGACCAUAGUAAUUUCCAUAAACCAUUAAUAAGCUAUUAGAUACAAAAAGGCACCUUUUAAUAGAGAAUUGAAUUUCUUUUUUUACUUCUCAUUUCCAGAAUAUAAAUGAUCCCCCCACCCCCAGCGAAGGCACAGUUUCUAGACAGUAUCCUAAUUGUUGGGAGGGCUAAUGUAUUCCUAAGUUAGUAGCAGGCGGUGAAGAAGCAGUAGGCAGGAGAAAGCACUGAUGUUUCUUUUGGAGAAAGAUUGUCUAGUAAUGUAGAAUGUGCUAAAGACAAGCCAUAUUCUCAUUGUGAGGAUUUUAAUACUUAAUGGAAUGUUUCAAAGGUUUUAUUCAAACCACAAAUUACCGAAUCCACCCAGGAAAAUUUCCCCUUGAGCCCUCUGGGAUCCUCAUCUGACGGUCCGCUGCCUCCUCUCUGUUGUUUCACUUGGUGGUUUAUAGGCUUGACCUUUUAAAUUCCUGGGGUAAAUCUUAGAAUAUUAAAUUCUUUGUCUUUAAAGAGAAUUUGUAAUCUGCUCCUCAGCGUCGUUUCCGUGACGAGCCCUGAAAUCCUGUUGACUCUGCCGCUCUCAGCGAGGCAGCGCACUUGUUAGUGAGGGAAGCGGAUAGGAAAUGGCCCACUCUGCUCCGCUAGCUGUACGGUGAUAAUCCCCACUGUGCUCUCCAGAAUUCGGGGAGGCAAGUAGCUCACGUCUUAAAUUUUCUUUACACUUAUUUUAAAAAGCAGAUGACAGAUUCAAAAUGUAUCAGAAAAGUUGACCGUAGUCAUUGUCAGAAUUAAUCCUUUUUCGAUCUUUUAAUUAGAUUUCCCUCUUUGAGUAAGGGUUGAUGUCUGUUAUUGAUAUUAUUCUUGAAAAGUGGCAUCACUUCCAUAGGAGGUAAUUUCCAUAGCAACUAAUCAUAGUGACCUAAACAGGAUUAUGAGUUGAAUGGGAGAUAAAUAGCAAGAGGAUGAAAUCCUAAAUGGACAAAAAGAAAAAAAAUCCACUUUUAAUAAUCACUUUUUGGGUUUUUUUGUUUGUUUUUUAAAGUAGCAACUUUUUUAUUUUUAUUUGGGAAAAAAAAAUUCUCAUCUGGAAAAAGGAGUCCAAAACAAGUAGUAACCCAGAGUUCUACCCGCUGCUCACCCGAACUCUCAUGUCCUGGUCUCUCCGGCAGCAAAGUGAGCAUCUCCAGGCACAGAACCUCAUGGGCCACAUUUUGGUUAAUAGGAUGUGCCACAAAUUUUGAAGCAGUCAGGCAAAGUUGCUUACCGUUCCUUCGCUACCCCUCCCAGACUUAAGAAUUAGUCUCUUGAGGAUUAGUUCUCCACAAUCUGGGAGUUUUGAGUUGAUUACAGCCACCAAAGCUGCAUAAACAGGAGUGAAGACUGGAGAAGCGCUCCGCGCCUACAGGACGGACCUGGUCAGCAAGCCUCUGCCUGUUUUCUUGAAGGAGCUCUUGGAUAAUCACACUUACAUUGGAGAUGUUGAUCUUGUUCAUGAGACCAUUGAUUGAUCCCUUCAGGGCCUCCCAGCUCAUCCUCUGAUAGGCUAGGCUGUUUUCACCUGUGAUCUGCUCCAGCAUCACCCUGAGUUUUACAGGAGGAACAGACGCUCCCCCUCUUCAGGUGAGCAGCGAAUCCCUCUCAUCCUUCUUUGUGAAGGUCUUCUUGAGUAGAACUCUGGGUUAAUGCUUUCUCUGGGCUCCUUUUUCCAAGAGCCGAGGAUUUCCGGGACUAAUCCAAUCUGCAUCUCUUUCUCUGCAUUUUUCUUGGUCCCUACUUUUGACUCCAUGCUGUCAUCAUAAGAACACCCUCUUCUUGAACGUUCACAGACAAGCUGUAAUCACAGUGAUCUCUAUUCGGGGGGACCUUGCUUGAUCUGCGUAUCUGUCUUCUGGGGAGGAGUUCCGAGGGUGUGAACUGUGGCUCUCCCUUCUGCCGUGUCCAGGGGAGUGUUUCAUGGGUGCUGUAUUACUUUUCAUUUUUUUCUAGUGUCAGGUGACCAAGCAAACUGGAUUCUUCAAGUUGGUUCCAGUAACAAGUCCUCAGUAGUCUGAGUUCCUUGAGAGUUUUCUUUCUCUGUCUCCACGGACCACCUCUGCUGAAUCCUCAGACCAAAGGGGUGAUCCCGUCCCGGUGGAUCCUCAGACAGAAUGCUGUCUCUUCGAAACCUCAGAUUGGAUGUCCAGUAACCCUCUUUGUAAACAAGAACAGCAAACAGUUUUAAAAUGCCAUCAGCAUUUCCAUGCAAAACUUGUCAGAAGGUGUCAAGCCUCGGUCCUGAGGCUCUAGGGACCUCCCAAGCCAUAACUGUCCCCAUGCACCAUCAGGCUGUAGGAAGUAAACCUCAGCUAGAGCAGGACCAGAACUCCAUCAGCGUGCAAUGAACGCUGGACCAACAGAAGCAUUCAUGGAAACUUUCAUCAUUUUUAAGUAGCGGAGGGGGAUAUUUUCUUGGUCUUUUUUUUUUUUUUUUUUGCUGUUGUUGUUUUGUUUUGUGUUUUUCUCUACACUGUGCUGUGACUGCCAGGCAAUAAAUACACGAUUACUUGACCAGGACACUCAGGAACAGCGACUCAUUAAGUCUCUGUCUGGGGUCAGUGACACCAGAGCAGACAGCCCCCUUGGUGAAGGUAGCAUGCUGGGUAAAGACUCCUACACCCAUGGAAGCCAGUAAAUUGAUGUGGGUUUUGUUUUGUUCUUGUUUGUGUUUAACUGAAAGGUUCCGCAAAGUUUCGGUGGUGAUUGGCCAUUUCAGUAAAUUAAAUGCUUAAGUUAUAUUAUUGUUCAGAAUGCCUUUUUCAAGUCCAAACUGCUAUCUCCAGCAAUGUCUAUGAACUACGGGUACCGCCUCUCUAUUGGUUUGUUUGCUUUUUUGUUCAGAGAAGCUGCUGGCAAAAUUACUUCUGGUCACUGGCACCCAAGUGCCCCCGCCCCCAUCCCCCAGUGCCCUUCACCUGCAGUGUUCCUUUAUUACAAGCCAGGACUUCAAUAUACACCUCACCCAUCCAAUUUCUUGUACAAGCUGCAACCGGAAGAGUUUGGGUUGCGCAGGAGAGAGGGACGUUCCUGGAGAUCCUAGAGGAGUCAUGUCCUGGGAGGGAGGGGGAGCUGUGAACCAGGUCUGAAAUCAGCCACCUGAAUUUUUUCAGAAGGACUUUCUCAUUUACUGAACUAGACAGACCAGCGACGGAGGGAUGUACCACGUGACGUGAAAGGUGCCACCGCUUUAGGAGAGCUGGUCCUUACAUGUCCUUCCAGUUCACCUCCCAUCUUGAUAAAACUGUAAUUGGAGACACUUCAUAGAAAAUAGAUAUUUUAAAUUACGGUACUUCUGAUGAUGGGGAGCUAACGUCUUGGGCAAUCGCAUCUACAUUUCAAGGUCUAGGGUAUAAAUUACAACAGCAUCUGCGGUGGUAUCGUUUUUUAAUUGCUGCAAAAAAAUAGUAAUUUUCUCAUUUUAACAUCUUUCAGAGAGAAAGAACACUUUUUUAUAUAUAAUGUAAAUACACUCUUCUCAAGCUAAAACCUCUCGAAAAAUACCAAGCACGGCAGCACUUGCUGACUUUACGACAUCUUAACUAUACCCCUCCAUAUACUGCUCCUUUCAGACAGAUACGGCUGCAUGCGGAAAACUCCGCCCAUUCCUCACCAAUACUUGCCUCUGCCCUUUAGGAUAAAAUAUCUCUCACUUGGUACUGUUUGUUAAAAGUGAAUCGGAGCUGUCUUGGCUUGGAGACAACCUGUGGUAGGUAGGCAGGUAGGUGGCGAUAUCCAGUCUUUUAGGUAUCUCAGCCACCUACUGUGAAGUUAAUGAAUUCAGUCCAAAAUGAAAUUAUAGGGGCGUUUGGUGUAGUUUAUGUUAAAUACCAUCCAAAGGCAGUCAUCUGUGCAGCCACAGCAGGGACAGCCAUGUUAGGCAGCAGAUGCUAGGAGCAAGGGGGGAGGGGGAGAGAAACACUGAGAAGCAUUCCCUGGUCAGAACUUCCCAGAACUCAUUGGUAUGUGAUGGAUAGCAGUUAGGCUGGAAUUAACGACAAUUUGCAUCCUGGAGGUUGUCUGUUAAGUUUCAAAAGCAUUUCUAUUUUUAAAUUUGUGUGUGUGUGUGUGCAUGUGUGUAUGUGUGCCAGUGCCAUUGUGUCAAUGGAGGCCA